GAGUGGAGUGGAGGACUAGAGAAAAAAGAAAAAGUCUGUAAAAGAAAGAGAAGCUCCUCUCUGCCGGCGUUAAUUUCUGUCAAAGAAGUAACAACAAAGCUUUUUCUUGGCGAGAGAGAUGUCAAACGGCGACGAGGAUGCGUUUGAGACGGAGUAAACAGCCACCGGAGAGUUAGCGAAAGAACUAGUUCCCAAAGAGAGAGAGAGAGAGAGAGAGAGAGAGAGAAAGGCUUUUCGGCUGCCUCGUUUUCCGCCGCAAACUUGAGCCCAUCUCAACGCUGUGAGUUACGGCGAGCACCGACACCGAGAGAGCCGGGGGGAACCGGACCGACGGAGCACGGAGAAGAGAGGAGAGAGGGAAGAGGAGAGAGAAGCCGGUGAAGCAGCAGCGGCGGCUACACAAAAAAAAGUUUGGCCGUGUAUCUUCACCUAGUUUUCCAGAUUGGGAACUAGAGGAGAGAGAGAGAGAGAGAGGAGGAGGAGGGUGGGGGGGAGGAAGAGGCCGAGAGACUGAGAGACUGACUUGACUUUCCACAAGCAAGCUUUGCGGAAUUCAUCCAGUUUUUUUUUUUAAAGCAAACUUUAGCCGCUAAAGCAGGAAGAAUGAAAACACCUGGAGAUAGUGGGUUUGCAUUCCCAGAAUGGGCCUACAAGCCCGAGUCGAGCCCCGGGUCCAGGCAGAUCCAGCUGUGGCACUUCAUCCUUGAGCUGCUGAGGAAAGAGGAGUAUCAUGAUGUCAUCGCCUGGCAGGGGGACUAUGGCGAGUUUGUCAUUAAAGACCCAGAUGAAGUGGCCCGGCUCUGGGGGGCCAGGAAGUGUAAACCCCAAAUGAACUACGAUAAGCUGAGCAGGGCACUGAGAUACUACUAUAACAAGAGGAUCCUCCAUAAGACCAAAGGCAAGAGGUUCACCUACAAGUUCAACUUCAACAAGCUGGUGUUGGUCAACUAUCCCUUCAUUGACAUGGGCUCCACUGGAAGUGGUGUUCCUCAGAGCGCCCCACCUGUCCCCACCGGCGCGGGGACUCACUUCCGUUUCCCUCCUUCCACGCCCUCUGAAGUCCUCUCCCCCAACGAGGACCUGCGCAGCCCCGGCGGCAUGUUCAGCUCUGUGGCCCGACGAAUGGCCCGUGGCUCUGUCAGCGAUUGUAGCGACGGCACCUCGGUCAAUUCUGAAAUUGAGGAGGGCAACACAGGAGCAGGAGAGGAGAGGGGAGAGAGGGGUGUGAGUGGGGGAGGAGGAGGACCCGGUGGUGGAGGAGGCUACCGGAGCAUCAUCCAUCCCCGUCUGUCUCAUGAGUCUCUGUUCCGCAUGUAUGGAGGACCAGGCAACCCCGCUGGGCACCCAGGCUCCCGAGGCCCCACUGGGCACCGUAUUCACACAGAGCCCCUGUCGCCUUUCCCUGUGUCCCCUCUGCCUGGGCCGGGAGGAGCCGGCCUCCUCGCUCCUCCUCUAUCCCCAGCACUCAGCAUGACCCCCACAUCUCACCUUCCCUACACUCCCUCACCCACCCUGUCACCCAUGCUAGGCUCCCACUUCUCCUUCAACCCAGAGGACAUGAAGCGCUACCUGCAGGCCCACACCCAAUCAGUGUACAACUACGGCCUCAGCCCCAGAGCUUUCCUCCAGUACCCCAACAUCAUCAUCCCUCAGCCGCACCGGCCCGCCGCAGACAAGUCCGGCCUGACCGGAGAGAGAGGAGCAGGCGAAAGAGCAGACAGAGCGGCAACAGCAGGUGGAGAGAGGGGAGGAGAGCGGCACCACCAUCCACCUCUGGCUCACUCAGCCCACCAUCACCCCCACCCGCCUCACACUGCCCACCCUCACCCCCAUUCCCAUCCAAUGCAUCACCCACUCCACCUGGGUGAGGAGCCGCCACACAUGUCUCCCUUCAAGUUCAAGUUGCAGCCACCACCACUGGGCAGGAAGCAGAGGGAUGGUCAAAGCCAGAGUAAACCCAGGCAGAGCUCACUUUCCUCAGGCUCAGGAUCCGGGUCCAUGUCGUCUACGUCUGGCCUUGGCUCCUCGCUGUCAUUCGGCAGUGACCUGAGCUCAGCUAGCGGCUCGGGCCUCAUCUCUGCCUCUUCCUCAACGCAGUCCUUAAACAGUGCAGGACUUCCCAAGAUAAAGGUGGAGCCCAUCUCUGAUAUAGAGUCAGAGGAAGAGGUGGAGGUGACUGACAUUAGUGAUGAGGACCCAGAUGAGAGAGAUGAGGAGUUUGAACUCUACUCCUCUCGCCACUCCAGAGCCCAGAACCACCACCAUCACCACCACCACCAUCACCACCUCUCUAACGGCUCAGCUGCACACUCACAUCAACCCCAUCCUGAUGAGGACCUGGACGAGGACGUCUUCAAAGCACCUGCUCCACCUCCACCUGGCUUGAUGCCCUUCUUCACCUCCCAGCACGCACACUCCAAUGUGCACCGCAUGCUGCCCACCCUCAAGACUGAGCCUGUCGAGCCUGGGGACAGUAACACACCCCCACCUCAGACAGGCUCAACAGGAACUUCCCAGACCAAGUGCAUCCCCCUCAAGCUACGCUUCAAGAGACGCUGGAGCGAAGACCAGCGCAUGGAAGCCUCACAGGAAGAGUCGGACGAUAAGAAAGUCCGACCACAGGAGGGGCAAAGCAAUGGCCGGAUGGAGAUGGAGGAAGAUGGGACGGGCAGUGGUGAAGGGGACAGUCCUCCCCCAUUAGCAUACGAGGGCUCUUUAGCCACACCGUUGGCCUCACAUCGCAGGGUGAGUGCUGAGCUGCAUCGUGCCACUGCACAGCUGUCUCUGGAGAACAAAGACUGCUGAUGAGAGACAAGGCCCAAACACUACUGCUCCAGUAGCACUGGAGGUGGUACAGGAGUAUGUAAAUGGUUCCUCUGUAAUCCCUCUCCCAUGCUGACAAACUAGAUUCCCGAAGCCUCUAGUAAGAGCACAGUCUAACAAACAUACAUAAACCUCAAAGACACCCUAACUAUUCUGUCAGAUCCCCCUCACCAAUCCUCUGUCUGGAUCAGGGCUCUUCUGGGAUACAUCCUUUGGGAGGAAGGGACUCACGCAGAUUCAGCUAUCCCUGGCACAAUGACUGUAACAGGGCUGAAAUCAGAGGGAGGCUCCCUCAUGGAGCUCCAAGUUCACCUCCCACCUGGCCAGUGAAGCUCCAGAUGCCCUGCCCCAGUAGCACAGCUCCCACCUCCAGCCCCCAUCAGUAGGAUAAGCAGUCAGUCACACUUUCCUCAGGGGUUUCAUACUCCCUUACAACCCAGCAACAAACCUAGAAUGACAGUGUGCACAAUCUCCCCUCUGUUUCUUUUCCUAUAAGACGACGGGACUUCGAUAAGUGCCUGUAUCUAAAACCCACAGACCUGGAAUGACACAGGAACAGAGCAAAGAAGGGGAGCGUGUGCAGGAAAAAGAACUGCUAUGAGUAAUCAUUCUUUACACUCAUGAAAUCCUUGUCAAGUUUGGCAGAUACUGAAAAAUCGUGGGGAUGAAAAGGAAAAGUGGGUGUCCAAGACUGGAGAAUGGGGCUGUAGGGUGUUGUCUGACUGACAGAACUACUCUUAAACCUGGCCCACUCCACUCAGGGAAGCCUAUUGCUGUAUGUUUAUUGGAUUAAUGCACACACAUGAGCAAAAAAAUGAAAAAAACAAGACAAAAAACAAACCCAGCCAACAAUACUCACAUUGGAAAAAUUGCUUAUGGACACUAAACAGUGUUCACUGCAACAUCACACACACACAUACACAACCUCACACACAGACUUUGAAUCUGGCACACUGUCCUCUCAGAGCUUUUGACUUUUGUAUAACCUUCUGUCUCUCUCCUAACCUGCCCCUCUUUCUCUCGCGGACCACCUGUAGAGUUCACUCACUGAAGUAAUUUUAGCCCAGGAGAGAUGUGAUAAAAGAAGGAAGGUGAGGACAAGAGAAGACAUACUUCUGUGUAGAGAAAAAGCGGCUGAGGGGGACGAUGAGGGGAAGGCAGCAGGGGGAGGAAGGGUCUGAGGUGUUCCAGUAACUGCUAACUAGCCUUCUCACCUCACCUAACAUGGCUUGUAUACUGAAAAUCGUUUCCCCAGCAACACAGCAUCCUAGUUCACCAGCUUGAGCUCCUCUAACGAUCAUAGAUAGUGUUAAACUAAACCAGCAAAUGUUCAUACAAAAGCGCACACACACACACACGCACAUACACGCACAGAUGCACAGCACUGCCUUUAGCUCUUAAACACGCUUCCUCUCUCUCCGUCUGGACCUCCAGCUCUCCCAGUAGUGGCGACAUCAUCGGGUCCGGAGAUCGUGUUCGACUCCCAGGGGCCCUUCACACGAGCAUAAGAGCCUGAGAGAGCAGAGGAUCACCUUAGAUCUCACACACACACACACACACACAUACACACACACACACACACACACACACACACACACACACACACACACACACACACACACUCACACUCACACUCACACUUACUCUCACACACUGCCUCUCUAUGCCUUGUUUUUAUAGCAUGUACAAAAGUGCAAACUGAGCUCUAAUAAACACACAUACAGACUAUAUCUUUAUAUAUUCUAAAUGAAAUUAUUAAAACAAGUGAGAUUUUAAAGAAGCAUAUCAUUUUAAUGAUAUGAUUGAUUCAGGAUUUUUUUGUAAGUGGACUAAUUUGAGUGUCACACCACUCAUCAGAUAAUAUGAUAUGGAAGGUGGGUGAGCAGUAUAAAGAGGGGUGGGGUGUGGGGGGGGUGGGGGGUGGGAGGACUUCUGGGUUUCUCUUGUACAUUUGUUUCAUAGACAAACAAGCCAGAAAAAAAAAAAAACAGGCCAGUCUACCAGAAGACCAGCAUAUAUUUAAAAAAAACAAAAAAACUGGACUGGAACUGACUGCUAAUGAUUCAAAUGUGUGGUUCACUCUGCUGUUCACUUCAUUUGCAGUAGCUUGCCCUUUUAGCACACAGCACUCUGCUUGUUCCUGUCUGUACAGUCUAACUCAGCCCAGUUGGGUUCUCCCAAGCCUGAGCUGUCCUGACCCCAGGCCACCUCUCCUGGCCUUGUGUGUGUGUGUGUGUGUGUGUGUGAGAGAGAGAGAGAGAGAGAGAGAGAGAGAGUGAGAGAGUGAGAGUGUGUGUGUCAACUCAGAGUCAGUUGGUGGGUUAUUAGUGAAGUAGUCAUCCUGUCUUUUCUCUUAGGCCAGUUAGCAUAAAGCUCCAACGUUUGCGGCAACUCUUGAUUGGGGCAAAGGAGCGUGAGAGGGGGGGGGGGGGUAAAGGGUUAAUCAUUACUGAAGAUAGCCUGGAAACGUGUGACAUGUAAAGACCUGUCCUGAAACACACUCUAUGCGCGCGCACACACACACACACACACACACACACACACACACACAAAGGAUUCCUCAACACAAACACACACACACACACACGAUUAUGUUUGUGAUGAUGUUUUAACAUCCUGGAGCUUUUCGUGUCUGCGGCCAGCUCAUCCAGGGAUCUGAUUGGUUGACUCGGCCGUGUUGACCAGCGGCCUGUCUCUGCCUGGCCAGCAACAAGACAGAUCUAUAGCAGCGAACUGUGAGAUAGAUGGCCUCCAGGCGGUCUGUGUAGCUGAGCUGAUCGAAUUUCCUCAUCAGACCCCUGUGGUCUGGACUGGAGCAUGUCACAACAUGCACAUGCGCACACACACACACACACACACACACACACACACACACACACACACUCACUCACUCACACACACCCUCACCACCACCAAGUCCUGUGUCUGUAUUUGAACUGACAGCUGCCUUAUUACUACUUUUCAUAUCUCAGCAACAGAUGAGGCGUCAAUCUACCUGCUCUCUUCUCUCUUUCUGUUUCACUUUUCCUCGCUCUGUUUCAGCCGUCGCCUGACUUCCUGCUAACUGCAGCACGAUCUGAGUCAGUCGUGAUGUUGCAGGGUUAAAAAGACUGAAGUCUGUGAGUGAUGCGGACUUUCUCUCAUCCUGUUUCAGGCCUCUACAGUCAAAAAACGGUAGACAAACAGCACAAAGAUGACAUUUCUCUAUCAAAAAGAAUAAAAGGUUUCUUAGUUUAUUUUUCUGAUGUCAAUAUUGCUAUUGAUUAUUGUUGUUGUUAUUAUUGUUCUCAUUGGGUUAUUUACCUCUCCACCUGGCAUUAUUAUUAUUCCAUGGCUCUGUUAGCUGUUGCUUUUUAUGUUGUGUACAUCACUUUUGGAUGAUGUGGAAACCCCCCUCGCCCCCAACCCCUGAACUCCAUUCCCUGUUUUAAACCAUCCCUCCCCCUUUUUUUCCUGUCUUUAGUUUUUACAAAUGUAAUAUAACUAAAAUGUGUAAUAUGAAUUUUGAGAGCGGUUGAUAUGCUGACAGAGAAAUAACAUGGGGGACUGAGAGGGAAGCGGGGCGGAGGAUCUUACUUUAGGUGCAGAGAGGGAGUAAUUUUAUCUUUUUUGUCAUGUAUUGUAAUUUUUAUUUUAUAAUGUUUCUUUUUUCCUCCCUCUCACUCUCCCUUUCUCUCUUUCUCUCACUCUCUUUCUCUCACUCUUGUAUAUUUUUUUUUAAGGUUUUUUUCUUUUGGGAGGGGGGAGGGGGGGUUGUAUCAUUUUUAAAGAAGAAAAAGAUGUGUAUUGUUUUACUGUGUAAAGGUCUAUCUUCUCCCUCUUUCAGUCUCUCUUCUUUCGCCUCGUCUCCCCCGAGCAGUUACAUAACACUCAGAUGGAGAGAUGAGAGUUAAUACCAUGAUGUAACAUUGAAUUUCUCCACUUUUUUCGUGUUUUUUUUCCAAACUUGUAAUUAAGCUGUAAUCAGGGUUAAUUAAAACCGG